AUGGGCGCCAGCGGCUCCAAGUCCCGGGGUCUCUGGCCCUUCGGCUCGGGUGGGCCGGGCGGCUGCGAGUGUCCGGGCGGGGAGCAGGCUCUGGCCCGCGCGCGGGGGCUCUGCUCGGCCACCCCUUUUGUCUUCACCCGCCGUGGGUCUAUGUAUUAUGAUGAGGAUGGUGACCUUGCCCAUGAGUUUUAUGAGGAGACAAUAGUCACCAAGAAUGGGAGGAAGCGUGCCAAGCUGAAAAGAAUCCACAAGAACCUGAUACCUCAGGGCAUAGUGAAACUGGAGCACCCUCGGAUUCACGUGGACUUCCCUGUUAUCAUCUGUGAGGUUUGAGCCACUGGGACAGUAUGAACAGACACUGUGCUGUCGGUGCACCUUAUUUGCCCAGUUUUACUGUACCUCAUGUAAACCACGCUAGGCAGCCACGUGACCCUGCAGAGUGAUGGAUCUGGAGCACAGACGCACGGUUGGCUUUGAAGCUCCUUGGCUAGGAGGUGGUGGCAGCGUUGGCAGCACUGGGGAUGUUCUGGAAUUGAAUAGUUAUCAGGAAUAGAAUUGGCUAUGGGUGUGUGUUGAUAGGACUUGUGUCACAAGAGAUGUGUGGUCUUGUUUAGCAGGCUGCUCAAAAUUAACUUCACUGAGCUGAGAGUAAAAUCCUAUUAUCAACUGCUAAAUGAUGUUUAGAUGGCAACAGAUUUCAAGUAUCUUGAGACUGUGAAGAACUAACAUGCACUUUUUGACCAGAUGUCCUGCUUUUUGAGUAACCCAGUCAGUUUCUCCAAAAACUGAUGAUGACGUUUCAGUUUGUGCUGUGUAUGAGAGUAAAGGUGAGCAGCAGGCUACUUAUGCCUCUUCCCUACACCUCUCCCUCACCAUUUCCCCAACAUAAGAUAGCUGAAGACAUAAAGCUGGACUGUAAUCCAGGGGUGAGUGGGUAGUCAAAUGCUGCAGUUAACAGAAGAUUUUAAACUUGAGGCCCCCGUUGAAACAGGCUGAUGUGCAGGCCUUUCUCUCUCUGUAGUAUCUCCCUAGUGAGUUGCACUAUUUUAUUUGCAGACAGUGUCUUUUUCAACUUUGCUACCUGGAAAAUUCCACUGAUUAGUGCCCAUGCUGUGGCACAGCAGUGGAGGCUGUUGGCAGCUGCAGUAUCUGAGCUUGCACAUUUCUGUUCAAUGUUUUAGCAGGCCAGCUCUUGGCAUUUGUCUUAGGCUGUAGUUUCCUUCUAGAGUGGUCUUCCCCGCUUGUGAAACUACAUUGUAUUGAAGUGUGAAAUGCAAGGCAACUUUUCAGACCCCCCACUUAUUUAUUGUAGAACUGAUUUUUCUUCUAAUACAUUCUAGGUAACUUUUUCCUCUUGAUCAUUUAGAUUAUGUUGUCAGCACUGGCAACUUGGUUGCUUUGAGAUGGUUGAUGGUUGUCAACUUAACUGCAACAUCUUUGGCCACCCUAUCUCCCUCCCUCUAAUAAAAAUAAUAAUAAUAAUAAUAAUAAUAAUGAAGUACUGUGAUUUUCCUUUGGCAGUCUUCUUGACUCCUAGGAUUUGGCCCAAGCAUUUCCUGAUGAGGGGGAAUGCAUGCACUUUAAAGGAAGAUUAUAUCACCUAUUUUGGAAGGGCCUUACUUAUGCCCUAGUGUAAAAUGUCCCCCCUGCGUGCUAGUGUAAAGUGUUUUGGUUAGCAGGGCCACUUUUGUUGGCAAGAGUGGCACUAUUAGCUCUAGAUACUGAAACAAUAGUAUCAGUAUCUAUUGAUACUGAUAUACCUGCCUGUUCAUCUUAGGUUUUUUGCUUUCAAGAUUUAGAGCUGCCUGCUGCUGAGACCCAAACAGGCACAAUUCUGUCACAGGCACUCCUGUCUUUAACGGGGGUUCAUAUGCAAUGCACAACCAGGAGACCAGUGUCUGCCUGCCUGCCUUUUCUACCAACCCCUUAGAACUUUGUAUAAAGCUUUAAAACUGGAUUACGGGUGGGUUGGCUGUAGCAGUUGGCUCAUUGCACAUCUGUUUUUGUCCCCAGAGCAUUAUUGCCUUUCUGAGCACUUCAGGCAUUUGCUACCUCAAUGUUUAGGUGAAUCGGCUGAUACAAAAGUUGUGCCAGCAGCAACAAUUGGUGUGUUUGUGUCCAUCUCUACACUGCAAGGAGAUCCUUUUAAGGAUUAUGUACUGGUGCAGUACAUAAUCCUACACCAGUAGGGGUGUGGGGUGUAAGUAGCAAUGUUGACAGAGAUGUCUCUGUUCUCAUUGGUUGUCACCUUUGUCUCAUACUCGGUCUGUUUUCAGUUGCAUCUCUUGGGUUGCACACGAAGGGGAUCCUUAUGCACCAGAAGCAUGGCCAUCCUGAGUGGCAACUGGUACCUGCUUUGCUGUGUCAGAACUUGUUAUGAAUCUAGAGUUGUACUCCUGUAGGUGAAUAGUACAUAACCUGCUGACCCUGGGCCUGUGUCCUAUUUCCAUCAUCUUUCACCACCAUAUAGCUUAUGUUUUUGUUCAGUUCAAACUAGAUGAUGAUGGAAAACAGAAAUAUUUAUAGCAGGGAAGAAAAUUUCCAUAGUCGUGAAUGAGAGCAUACUAGGGAUAGAGGUGUGUGUAACACUUACUUGGCAAGCAAAGCUCCACCCCAGCAUUGUCAUGCAUAAUUAGUUGCCGCCCCAAACCAAGGGCUGAGACUUAGAUCUGCUUACUCUUGAGCAAUAUGGUUGAGAACAGAAGAGACUUAAUAUCAAGAAAUGUACUGAUUAAAGUUUGUUCUGUGACUAGUUCAAAGGAAGCGCCUUGCUCGGUGUGGUGACUAUAUCACAACUUCUCACUAGAGUAUUCUGCUCUCCACCACAUGGGGCUUAUUAGUCUUGAAAGAUAUUGGGGCUGAAAGGCUUGGUGGCAAUACCCCUCACCAUACUGCACAUUUCCUAAAAUAUCUGUUAUUUGAUUGGCUUGUUUCUGAGCAAGCAAAUACCUUGUGAUCAGAAAAGGACUGUGCAACGUUAGCUUUCAUUUCCCCUGCCACUUCUAGUGCUUGUAUGCAUCCUGCUGAAGAUCUCACUCCCAUUGGAACCUAAAUGGAGUGUCUACCCAAAGAAGCUUCAUUUCUGCCUAGCUGGAAAGUUCCUGAGCUGCAGCAGACUCCCUGGAGCAACUGUCAGCUGCUUUUAAUCCACUUAGCUUAAAGGCUGGCUUGCCUACUGGGACUGCAGCUGUGCAGCUAUACUGCUUGGAUUCUACGACCCUCUCUAUGCUGUCCCUUCCAUCUGUGCUUUCCAGGAGCCCAGCUCUUCCGAGAAUGGAGGCUCUUGGCAGGGAGAGGGCUCAUGGAGAUUGCUUUAUAAGGGAUGCUGAUAAUGUGAAAGUUGGUGUAAAUAAUAUAUAUAUUAUAUAUAUUAUAAUUAUUGUUGGAGCAAGCAAAAAAAGUUCUGUUUCCUUUUUUAUGACUCUUCUGUGCAAAUAUGUGGUUGUGUAGAAGACCUGAACCCACUAGCACUACACUUCCUGCUCCUGUAGCAUAUGAAUAGUAAUCCUGAAGACAAAAGUGUAAAAUAUUUAUGGUCUUUUUCCUCUGCCUUGAAGUGCAUUUGUUGAAUUUUGUUAACUUUCAAUAAAAUUAUUUGUAAGUCCCAGAAUUUUAA